AUGGUUUAUGCAAUUGAGGAGAUCAACGCCAAUGAUCUUCUGCUCCCUAACAUCACUUUGGGCUUCCAGUUGUUUGAUAACUGUGCACACUUAUCCCGUGCUCUUUUGGAGACAUUUAUUGCCCUGACAGGAGAAGACAAGGCCAUUCCAAAUUAUCAGUGUCAUAAGAAGGUGCCUCUUGCCAUCAUUGGUGACCCUUUAUCACUUUUCUCCAUGGCAAUGGCUGCUAUAUUGGGUGUCUAUGGAUAUCCUCAGGUCAGCUAUGCUGCAUCCAUACACUCAUUGAGUGAUCGUUUCUUAUAUCCAACAUUUUUUCGUACUGUUCCUAGUGAUGACAAACAGUCAAAAGCUUUGGUCAAAUUGAUCUCUUUCAUGGGUUGGAAAUGGGUUGGAUUGCUAUCUCUCAAUAAUGACUAUGGAAUUUUAGGGUCACAAAUCCUUAAAGAGGAACUGCAGAAGUUGGAUGUAUGCAUCGCUUACCAUGAGACAUUUGGGCAAAGGACUUCUUUAGCAAAACUUCAGGCCAUAGCAAACACUAUCAUUCAGUCCUCAGCAAAGGUUAUCAUCCUGUUCUCCAGGGACCCUGAGAUCAACAAGCUGAUGGAAUUGCUUUUAGUGCGUAAGGAUGUGGAAAAAAUCUGGCUCGCUAGUAACGGCUGGUCAAACUCACCAAUGUUGUCUAUAUCAAGAUACAGUCAUUUAUUAGCUGGUACUAUUGGCUUUAUAUCACAUGAAGUAGAUAUGCCAGGGUUUAAAGAAUAUUUACUGAGACUCCGACCAUCUGCCUUGCUUCCUCAAGACAUCUUCAUAGAAAAGUUUUGGGAGCUGGUUCUAGGUUGCCGUUGGCCAAGUGGUGGUUCUAGUGGAGAUAAUGGGACUCUGUGGUGCACCGGAGAGGAGAAACUGAAAUCGUACAAGAACAGCCAGUAUGGCUCCUAUAAUGAUGACUUUAGGGGGCAAUAUUUAGUAUACAGCGCAGUAUACUCAGUAGCUCAAGCUGUCCAUAAUGUAAUCUUUCCCUAUGCUCUGCAUCAGGAGUCCACCACAUGUGAAAAAUGUGGAGACCUGACCAACAUAAAGUGUGAAAAAUGUGGAGACCUGACCAACAUAAAGCCAUGGCAGGUUUUCCACCACUUGAAGCAUGUCUAUUUCAAAAAUCGGAUGGGAGAAGAGAUGUUCUUCGAUGCCAAUGGAAACCCUCCAACUGACUAUGACCUUCUAAACUGGCAUAAGAACUCAGAUGGUGUUAUUCACUUUGAGACAGUUGGACGGUACAAUUUACGCCAAGCUGAAGAAAAUAAAUUGACCAUCAAUAUCACAGCUAUCAGGUGGUUAACAGGUGGCAGAGAGGUCCCCAGCUCAGUAUGCAGCGAAAGCUGCUCUCCUGGAUUCCGAAAAGCUGCUCAAAAAGGGCAACCGGUGUGUUGUUAUGACUGUAUUCCUUGUUCAGAGGGCGAAAUAUCCAACCAAACAGAUUCAAGCAACUGUUUUCCAUGUGCUGCUGAGAUGUGGCCCAAUGCUAACAACACCAUGUGCCUUCCUAAAGAAGUAGAGUUUCUGUCGUACUGGGAACCACUUGGAGUCGCCUUAACUUCUACUGUUAUCUUCUGCUUCUUCAUCACACUUUCUGUCUUGUGUAUAUUCAUCAAAUACAAAGACACUGCCAUUGUCAAAGCCAAUAACAGUGAUCUCACCUACUGCCUCCUUAUCUCAUUGUCCUUAAGUUUCCUCUGCUCUCUACUAUUUAUUGGAGAACCUAAAAGAUUAACAUGUCUCUUGCGUCAAACAGCUUUUGGAGUAAUCUUUGUGGUUUGUGUUUCAUGCAUAUUUGCUAAAACUCUGAUGGUUAUCAUAGCUUUCCGGGCAACCAAACCUGGAAGCAAUAUGAGAAAGUGGCUAGGACCAAAAAUUCCUGCUGUAGUCAUUGUAAUCUGUACCUGCAUGCAGAUUUUCAUUUGCAUGUUCUGGAUUUUGCAUUGCCCUCCAUUUCCAGAGAAGAACCUUAAGAUAAAGGCUGGAGUCAUCAUAUUUCAAUGCAAUGAAUGUUUAGAUGUUUUAUUGUGGGCCAUGCUUGGGUACAUGGGAUUUCUUGCUUGUAUCAGUUUCAUAGUUGCAUUUCUGGCCAGGAACUUACCAGAUAGUUUCAACGAAGCCAAGUGGAUUACUUUUUCCAUGUUGAUCUUCUUGAGUGUCUGGAUCUCUUUUGUCCCAGCCUAUCUCAGCACUCAGGGAAAGUUCAUGGUGGUUGUUGAAGUGUUUGGAAUAAUUUCCUCCAGUGCUGGGAUCUUAAGUUGCUUUUUUUCCCCCAAGUGUUAUAUUAUAUUAUUUCACCCUGAUCUUAACACCCGUGAGAGCCUCCUGGGAAAAAGCACCACUCAAAAGACAAAGACCUACAUCUCAUAGAAUAUGUGCGGCGGGCUGUCCCCCAGGGGCAAUUGGGUCCUAGGGUUUAGAAAUGCUGAGUGGUAUGUUUUGCGGCUCUAAUACUUUCUGUCAUAUUGCUCCUACCUGGAUUCUGUUACUCCCCAGGG